AUGUCUCCUGGACCAACUACUGCCCCAAGUGUUGAAGAAUCCGUGUCGCCGAACGUCCUACAAGAGCGGCAUGGGUUUCCCAAAGAAGGACGGUAUUCACUCUCAUACUGGCUCCAGAGUGUCCAAGGAGAUCCGCUUCUGAAUCACAGUACGACGCCGGAGGUGCCAUCGGAGUCGGACAUUGUUGUUAUUGGGUCUGGGAUGACCGGGACAUUAGUCGCAAAACACAGCAAAGAAACAUGGCCUGAAAAGAGCGUGGUGGUCCUUGAAGCCCGCGAGUUCUGCUCUGGUGCCACCGGCAGGAAUGCUGGCCACUGCAAGCCAGAUCAGUGGCGCGGAUUCGCGGCGUAUGAGAAGGCAUUCGGGACUGAGCAGGCUCUCAAGAUCCUUCAAAACGAGCAAGAUACGUGGUCCGCCCUGGUGAAGUACAUACGAGAGAACAAUGUCGACUGUGAUCUUUGGGUUGGUGACACGCUCGAUGUGCCCAUCACACCAGAAGUCGCGUCAACCGCGAAGAAGAACUUUGAGCGAUACAAGGCAGCUGGUGGGAAGGUGGACCAAAUCAAGGUCACUCACGAUCCGGCUACAGCAGCAGAGGACGCGCAAGCGUGCUAUGCCUGGUCUGCUUCUACUCUGUACCCAUGGAAGCUCACGGCACAUAUUAUGCGCGAGAAUCUAGAGAAGGGAAUCAAUCUUCAAACGCGCACCAAGGUUACAAGCGUCAUCCGGUCUCCCCGGUGCCCAGAAAAAUGGCUAGUGAAAAGUGAUCGCGGCGAAAUCGAAUGCUCAACAGUCGUUCACGCGACCAACGCGUAUAGCUCCGCCCUCGAGCCAUCACUCCGCGGACUCAUAAACCCGACGCCUCACAUGUGCGACCGCAUCAAGCCACCAGUAGCGAUUGAGGGUCGAGGCCUCCAGAACUCAUACGGCGUUCUCCUCCCGGACGGCGGCCUAUUCAGCAUCAACCCUCGGAGUCACCUCGAAGGCUCAGUCCUCUUCGGCGGCAGCAACCCGGGCCAACGGACAUUCGAGAACUGGCUGCAAGCGCACCCAGAACGAAGCACAGACGAUAGCCUCGAAGGCUUCAAACCUAUAACCGAGGCUGUUCAAACAUUCGCCGAAUCGGAGAUAACGGGGUGGAAGGCGGAAUUCGAUAACCAUAGUUGGAGUGGAAUUAUUGCUAUAAGCGCAGACGGCGUGCCAUUUGUCGGAGAGUUACCUGGAUUACCCGGUCAAUGGGUGUGUGCAGGACAUCAGGGACAUGGAAUGGCACGCAUAUUCACAGCGGCGCCUGGACUCGUUAAGCUAAUAAACGGCAGUCCUUGGGCCGACACACAACUGCCUGAUGUCUACCAGAUCACACCAUCGAGGGUCCGCAGAUUGAAAGGGCUUGUCGAGAAUGGAAAGGCGAGGUCUCGUCUCUGA